CCGGCGGCGAGGGAGGGAGGGAGGGAGGGAAGGAGGGCGCUGGUCCCGCGCCACGGGGAGGCUGCGCUCGCCGCCUCCCGAUGCGCGUCGUGUCUCUCUCCCCACACACACCCCACCCCCCAAAUAAUUUUCUGCGGGAACAAUAGCAAAUAUCGGCGUUUAUUUGCGCAGGGGCCGCUGGCGGGGCGGGGCGGGGCGAGGGCGGCUCAGCCCGCACAAUGGGGGCUUUGUUGGGCGCACAGGGCUCCUCUGUGCCGGGGCCGCCGGGCUCAGCCCCGCUCCCCCGUGCCUCCGCCGCGGCUCCGGGGCAGCAGAAAGCACCGUCAGAUCACAGGGAAAACGCCGGCCAGGUUUAAAGUUCGUGCCGACACCCCGCAGAGCGUAGUUAAUCAGCGGGAGAAGCAUCUCUGAGUGUAGCUGGCAGAUGGGAAAGUCCCCGAGAGGUCUUGAGCUCACUGGUCGUGGGUUUGAGCGCUAGCAGUGGUAUCGGAAGGAGAAACUGUUAAAUUGGGGUGCAGGGACUAUCUGGAGGAGGGAAGAGGCUCCAUGCCAGGCGUCCAUCUCGUUUCGGUGGUGAGAAGUCAACACUCGAGCCUUUGGGAGCUCUCCGAUUUCUUAAUGAGAUGAACAUCUUGUUCCCUUGCUCCCAGGCACACCAUGGAUACCACCGGCCACAGCGUCCUCCUCCUCCAGCAGCUGAACAUGCAGCGGGAGUUUGGCUUUCUGUGUGACUGCACAGUUGCCAUUGGAGAUGUUUACUUCAAAGCCCACAGAGCGGUGCUCGCUGCUUUUUCAAACUAUUUUAAGAUGAUAUUUAUUCAUCAGACGAGCGAGUGCAUAAAAAUUCAGCCUACCGACAUCCAGCCUGACAUAUUUAGUUACUUGUUACAUAUCAUGUACACUGGGAAGGGGCCAAAGCAGACUGUCAGCCAGAGCCGGCUGGAGGAGGGCAUCCGCUUUCUGCACGCAGACCACCUCUCCCACAUCGCCAUCGAGAUGAACCAGGCCUUCUCCCCAGAGCCCGUCCAGUCCUCCAACUUGUACGGGAUCCAGAUCUCCACGGCACACAAGCUGGCCAAGGAGCGCCUGGGAGCCAAGGAGAGCCUGCCCAAGGCGGGCGGCCGGUCUGCGGCCCAGGGCGAUCACCCCCAGCUGCAGCUGUCCCUGGCCAUCGGCCUGGACGACGGCCCCCUGGACCAGCAGGUCGCUCGCCCCUCGGCCCAGCCCGCGGCCCUGGCCAAGCCGGCAGAGGAGCGCCCGAAGCUCUCGGUUUCCAUAAAGCAGGAGAGGUGCGACUCGGAGCCCGUGGUGUCCCAGAGCUGCACCCCUCCUUCUCCGGAGGUGGCGAGCCCCAUCCUGGCCAAGGGCAGCCUCAAGGUGCACUUGUGCCACUAUUGCGGGGAGCGCUUCGACUCGCGGGACGGGCUGCGGCAGCACCUGCACACCCACGUCUCGGGCUCGCUGCCCUUUGGCGUGCCGGCCUCCAUCCUGGAAAGCAGCGACCUGGGCGAGGUGCAGCCUCUGGCCGAGGACAGGGAGCCCGGGGACGGCCAUCGCCUCGGGGCCUUCCUCCUCAAGGAGGAUGAACAUCAGCUGGAGCACCCGAGCUGCAGCGAGCUGGAGCCUCUGCAGAUCGGGCAGCUCUCCCUCAUCUCCAAGGACCACGAACCGGUGGAGUUGAACUGUAACUUUUCUUUCUCAAGAAAGAGAAAGAUCAGCUGCACCGUCUGCGGCCGCGCGUUUUUCCGGAAGAGCCAGCUGCUGGAGCACAUGUACACGCACAGAGGGAAGCAGCACAAGUACGGCCGCUGCCAGCGGCUGGAGAGCCCCGGCACCCCCAGGUUCCACCCUUACUGUGACAGCGAGAGUGUGGGAAAGAGCUCCAGCUUGUCCCAAGACCACUUAGAUGAAUGUAUACUGGAGUCAGAUCUCAUCCAAGAAAGCGUCGAUACGAUCCUGGUAGAGUAAUUCUCCCCUUCAGAUGCUGAAACUAGAUGUUUUGGCAUUCUCCACCUAGGGAGUGGCUGCUCUGUGCAGCUGAUUUUCUUGAGCCACCGUUCCCCUCACUGCUGAGAUAACUAUGAAGGACUGUGUACUUUGACUUGUGUACUUGCUUUUUUUACUUCUCUAACUUUUAAACUCGAGUUAAUUCCCAUCUAAGUCCUUCUUGGAAGCCUCCGUGUAACUCAGUUAUGUUUUUCCUGAAUGUGAACUUAUUCCUACUCUGCUUUACUGGAGUAAAGGCUGUAUUGCUGGGUGUGAGGUUUAAACAUUGUCUAGUACUCUGUGUGGUGCCUAGGACUGUUUGUAUCCCAUAGAAUUGCUCUUCUGAAACCAGAUGGAUGGAAGUGUAGAGGGAAAUACUGUGUUUCCCAAACAGUUUGUUUUUAAUGAAAAUAAAUAUCUCAAGGAGAUGAAUCCUGAAGUUCAUGUUGUUCAUGUAACUGCAGUUAAUAAAUCUCUGCAUACAUAUUUGCAGGAGCCAUAAGGCUGCUCUUUUCAAGGGAAUUGGCAGUGUUGAUGUAGGGGUGGCAACCUUCAUUUUGACAAGCCCUGGAGUCCUCAUCUGUCUUCUAAAUUUACUUUUAAACUCUAGGGAUUUGCAUGUGUUUUUCCUCCUUCCUACUCCUCCCUUGUUCACCACUACUGCAUAAGCAAGGACAGAUUUUGAUGCCCCUCUAGGACCAUGUUUCAUUUUUGGACUGUCUUCUCUGCAGGGAGGAAGGAAAGCUGCAAAGGAGUGUUCUCUCUUCUUUGAGGGGAGACAUACCCUAGCUUAAGUCUUUACAGGAUUAAAUGCCACACACGUAUUUUCUGAGUGAAAAUGAUUUCUAACUUUAUAAACAGCUUGGAGUAAACAUUUUAAAAUAUUACAAUCUGUAUAUUUGCUCAGAGCAAAUACACAGUGUGUUAUUUUUUUCUCUGUUUGCAGAGCCAGUGUUAGAUGGUAACAUGCAUGUUUUUUGCCUUUCAUAUAAUCAUAGAAUUCACAUAAUUCAUCGAAUCAUAGAGGGCUGGAAGGUUCAUUAAACUUGCAACCCCCCUACCAUAGGCAGGCACACCUUCCACUAGGUUGCUCAAAGCCCCAUCCGGCUUUUUAUUUAUCAUUACUGGUUAUCUGAAGGGUAAUAUCCAAGAAGGGGUUAAAAUUAUACACAUGCCUCUUGAAUUCACAGUUUGUCCCUCUCUAGUUUUCAUCCCAGGCUUCCCACCAGAUGGGCUGCAGCCCACCCCUCAGAGAUGCUGUUACUCAGAAGGCCCCAGGGAGACACACCACGUUCUUAGAGAGCAGAGGUCUCUUCUGCAGCUCAGAGCAAAAGCCUCGUGAGCUGCUCCCAUAAUCUCUUUACCCAGAUUUUGAGAAGCUGGAGGCUUCCUGCCAGUCCUGGUGGAGCCGAGUCAUUGCCUUUGGAAAGGGGGAGCCUGAACAAUGGUGUGAGGACGCUUUGCUGUCAGAACGCCUGCUCCAAAGCUCUUUGUAGUUGGGACUCGAGCUGUCUUUGAUAUUGUCCUGGAGCAAGAGCUGCAAUUAAAUCACUGCCGAAUUAAAAGACCAUCUGAGGUCUUUGUGAGGGCGGUUGCUGCUUCUCCUGGGCAGGGAGCUGCUCACUCCAGGGGCAGGAUUGGCCACUGAGAGCUGCCAAAUUGUGUUUCAAGACAAAGGGGCGAAACAACCAGUCCCUGAGCCUGCCGAGAAGAUGUUGCAAAAUGCAGGCUGUGGUUUGGAGUGUGCUUCUUUGCAAGCCCCAGUGCUCCUUUUGCUGCUUGUACCCAUUUAAGCUGCUCUGGUGUGAACACAUUUGAACCCUGCUUAAAAAGCCCUUCUUUAGAACAAGCAAACAAACAGAACCCAGCUGACACCCAGGCCUGUGAAUGCUGCAUCUGAGCACGGAGCCAUUCUCACGGAGCGUUUCCUAGAAGAGAACCUUCUGCCUCUCUCCCAGCCUAACAGCAUCAGCUAAAUCACAUCCAGCACAGGCUGCUCGUAACUGGGAGAAUGCCCUCCGGCUUCCACUGACCUCUAUUUCUACAUGAUGGGUAAAAAAAAGAUAAAAAAAGAUAAAAGAAGAGGUAUUUUAUGGUCAUUCCCUAUUUGUAUGCGACACUUUACCGAGUGCUGCUGGCUUCCCUCAGCUUCCUACAUUUAAUUUAAAAACAGAGAGAAGCGUUUGUUGGGGUGGCUUAGAGCUGUAGAAAGGAGAGGGAUUGAAUCAGCUAUUCAGUCAGUAGAUAAGCACCUCGGAUUGUCAAAUAGGUGCCUAACUUGCCUGAAGUAAUUGGUAUUGAAAGUCAAAGGGCUCUUGAUGUCUCUGCAGAGGUGACAGGGUAGUGUAAUACAGGUCAGUGUUGGGGACAGCAGCAGGGACAGCAAGCAGCAGUGCCCAAGGCAUCUCUGCGACGCGCUGCUCAUCCUCAGGUGCGUGGGCUGGACAGUUUUGUUCUCUUCUUGCCCAUUAAAAACGGAGCUUUUAUAAAAGCUGUGAUCUCAGGUAAAAGAGCCAAAUAUCACUCAGCUGUAUGUGCUGUAGGAGUGGCUCCAUGGCACUGACUACAAGCACACCAGCAAAGCUGAAAUGAGACAUAAACCAGGGCUGUGUUCCUGUGAAAAGAUACCUUGAAAAGAUACAACUGUAAAGGAUUGUUUUCUGUUACCCUUACACCCCUUUUAAAGGUGUACUUUGGUUAAUCUUUGUGGGACUGAACAUCUGUGACAUCAAAUGUCUGCCAAAGGCUUUUUUUUUUUUUUUUUGCAUCAUUUGCAAUACAAGAAAUGCAUUUUCAGCAGUUUUCUAUGGCAAGUGUUAAAGCACUGUUAUAAUUAAAGCAGCAGGAAAAGCUGGAGACAGAAGUCAUCAGCUCCAAGUUAUGUUAACAUAAAAACAUCAUUCUCUCCAAGUCUUAUGAAUAGAAAAUAAUUUUACAGGGCAGUUACAUUUGCUAAGCAAGGGCAGCAGCUGCUCCUGGAUAAAUCAUGAGAAGUUUUAUUACUGUAUGUGGAAGACACUUGAAUUACUGAGUGCUUAACCUUUAUGCCGGUGCAUGCUUGGAAAUCUGCCUGACUUGCACAGCUGGGUUUGACAAAUACUCAUUUCUUGUUGGGGUUUGAUUUUCUUUUUUUUAAAUAAAAACCUAA